AUGGCAUUCAAGCUCGCCGUCAUUUUCGCCACCUUGGCCUACGUCAGCGCUGGAGCCGUUGACACCGGAGUUCAUCACCAAGCUGGAGUUCCGGCAGCCGUGAGCUACCAAUACCGCUCGCAGGUCGUCAACCCGUCCGUUCCGUACGCCACCGGUCACUCCCAAGGUCAUGCCGUCCUGACCAACCAGGUGACCGCUGUUCCAGCUCCCAUCACCAAGACCUUUGCCGUCCCAGCUGUUCCGACCGUUGCUCAUGGUGUGAACCAUGGUCCUGCUCAUGGUAACAACUACGGUUAUUCCGGAUAUGGUCACGGAUACGUCCCUGCUCUGGCUUAUGGCAACAACUACGGAUAUGCUGGAUACGGAGUGGCUCCCGUGGUGAACUAUGGCCACUACGCUGCUGGACCUGUGCUGGCAACCGGUGCCUACGGAUACACCCCCGCAGGUCAUCUGGGCUAUGACAAAUAUGGCCAUCAUGCUUACUAA